AGAAGUUCUGCUAGCGUGUGGCCCCUCUUCCUUCUUUGUCUUCGUCUACGUCGUGUUGUUUCCGUCCCCGUCUUCGCCUCCAUCUCCUUCUUCAUUUCCAUUUCCAUCUGUCAGCUGUCAGAGUGUCGGCGAAUGUUGGCAGGCCGCUGAACUUGGCAUUUUAAUUGAGUGCACCAAACGAAAAACUCGUGCGAAUCUGUGGAAUUAAUGGGAUUUGUUUGUGCCACUUGCCACUCAUAAAAACUACGCUUUUCGAUUCCAAAUCUAAACACAGUUUGACGAUGGCAGGCGAUGGGCUGGGUGAAGUUGGAGAUGAAGAUGGAGGCAGGAGGCAGCUAGAAAAAUAUACAAACACUAAAUGAAAAGAUAUCCAAGUUUUCCUUUGAUUAUGACUUAAGGGUCAUGUCAGAAGUUUAUAUCGAUUGUCUUUAACAUAGAGCCCUCUGUGCGACCUGCCAAAAGGCAUUUCCAAAGUCAACCAACAAAGAGUUAACAAAAUGUACACCAAUUGUCCAUACUUAGCCAAUUUCUUACAAGAUUGGACUUGCGAGAUUGCAGCCAGCGUUGAAGAAUACGAGUGCGAUCUCAAACCAAAACUAAAUAACUUGAAAGAUCAAUUUCUUGAAUUCGAGGUACCAGCUUUUAAGGAUAUGGACGAUCCGGGCAGUAGUUCUGACAUUAUCGUCAUGAAUCAUAGCAAACCGGUUACGAGGGAGUUGAUAAAUCUUAUACAGAAUGGUUUGUUAACAGAUGUCGUUAUUAAUGUUCGCGAUCGGGAGUUUCAGUGCCAUUCGAUUGUUCUGCACAUAUAUUCGAAACGUUUGAAACCGUACUUACACAAUCCUUUGAUCAUUAUCAAGUCCAGCAAGUUAACGCCGCGAGGAUUCAGUCUGGCCUAUCAAUGGAUGAUAGCCAAGUAUGGGGUAAUUAAUGCAAACGAUGUAACAGAUCUGUUGAGAGCUGCUAUAUAUUUGGAAAUGCCAGAUUUACUUGAGCACUGUUGGGAGACAUUAGAUUUUCGUAUAUUCAAUGAGUUCACCGCUUUCGACCUCAUGUAUCAAGCACGAAAAGUGGCCGAUCUAGUCCAUCUGAAUGAACCCAUGGCCCUACGCAUUUCAAGGUCUUUCCUAACAAUUGUCAGUAGUUCCGAAUUCGUCGAACUCAGUGAAACGCAGAUGUGCACUUUGCUUAGUUCGUGUAACGUGGCUGUUAAUGCAGAAAUUGAGGUUCUAUAUAGUGCAUUGCUCUGGUUGAACCAUCAAUGGCCCAUGCGACAGGAUAGCGUGGGUUCGAUUAUGAAGAAUAUACGCUUCGGUUAUCUGGCACCAACCAUAUUAAGUAAAUUUAAGACCAACGAUCGCUAUAUGAUAGGUCCAUUUGGCCAUAUAUUGGAUCAUUUUUGUACCUUGCCCCAAAUGUCAAAGUUGAUACAAGAUGGCCUGUUCUAUAGCAGCCUGGUUAUCACUGCCCACAACGAUCCCAAAAACUUUCGAGCCACCGUGCAUCAGAAUAAAUUAACAAUGUGUCCGCCGCGUUGUUGGAUGCGCGAUGGUCGUUGUUCUUAUCACCGACCCAUUUGCAUAUCAUGCCCCAAUAUGCGGCAUUUGAGCUAUGAGGAUUUUGCCAACUAUUUGCAGCAAUUGCAGGCUGUGGACGAUGAUUUCGAUAGCCAAAUGAGCUUUGCUCACAGCCCUCCAGUGUAUGACUGGCAUCAUGAGUAUGUCUCUAGUCCGUCAAGUCUCGAACUAUUUAAGAAAUGUAUGGAAAACUGUGAUAAACCUGCUAAACGACAUCGUCCUGGCAAAUAUUUUAAAACAGAUUUGCAGAGUGAAAAGUAUUCCAAAAAUCUGCUAUUUGCCACCAAUAAAUGGAACAUCAAAUGCAAUGAAGAUGAUGAGGAUUUCUUAAAAAUGGGAGAGGAUACUAUAGACUUGCUAAACAAGGCAUUAAAGGAGUGAGCAAUUGACAAUUUGUUUGUUUGUAAAUUGGUUCAAGCAUUAAAGAAAGAAUUAACUUCUCCA